UCCUCGUCUCAGCCAAUAGGAAACCACGUCAAGUUGUCUUUAAAUAGCAAACAAAAUACCGAAAGUAAGUUGUUUUUCUUGCCGCGGUGCCGAUCAGCUGUUGGGUUUCAACGUCGCUGUGAUUCAGCUCGUCUCUCACAACGCGGGAUUUACCAAACCUUCUGCCCGGUUCCCUUGUCCAUCAUGGCCACCUUGGACAAGAGCAAGGUGUUCAACGAUCCCAUCCACGGCCACAUGGAGAUGCACCCUCUGCUCGUCAAAAUCAUCGACACGCCUCAGUUCCAGAGGCUCCGUCACAUCAAGCAGCUCGGGGGGGUCUACUAUGUUUUCCCAGGAGCGUCCCACAACCGCUUCGAGCACUCCCUCGGGGUGGCGCAUCUGGCUGGAGAACUGGUCCGAGCUCUGCAGCAGAGGCAGAAGAAGCUCAAGAUCACCCCCAGAGACAUCCUCUGCGUGCAGAUUGCCGGGCUCUGCCACGACCUCGGACACGGGCCUUUCUCCCACAUGUUUGACAAAAAGUUUAUCCCUAAAGCACGUCCAGGUUACAAGUGGAAGCAUGAGAAGGCCUCCGUGGACAUGUUUGACCACAUGGUGAAGGUCAACGAUCUGGAGGCUGAGAUGAAGAAGAAGGAGCACGGCCUGGAGCUGCCCGACGACCUGUACUUCAUCAAGGAACUGAUUGCCGGACCGAUGGACGCUGAGGAGCUGAAGGACCCUGACGACGCUGAGGACCUGGAGGACUCUGACAACGCUGAGGACCUGGAGGACUCUGACGACGCUGAGGACCUGGAGGACUCUGAGGACGCUGAGAACCCUCAGGUCCCUGAGGACCCAGUGGACCCAGAGUGGCCCUAUAAAGGCCGUCCAGAGAACAAGUCCUUCCUCUAUGAGAUUGUGUCCAACAAAAGAAACGGCAUCGAUGUGGACAAGUGGGACUACUUUGCCAGGGACUGCUACCACCUGGGCAUCAAGAACAACUUUGACUAUGGCCGCUGCCUGAUGUUUGCCAGAGUGUGUAAGGUGAAGGGGCGGAGGCAGAUCUGCUUCAGAGACAAGGAAGUGGGAAAUCUGUAUGACAUGUUCCACACAAGGAACUGUCUCCACCGGAGAGCCUACCAGCACAGAGUGGCAAACAUCGUGGAGACUAUGAUCACGGAGGCCUUUUUCCAAGCAGAAGGACGCAUCUUGUUCAACAACCUCUCUCUCUCCUUUACCAUCAACAACAUGGAGGCCUACACCAAGGUGACAGAUGACGUCUUUAAUCAAAUACUCAACUCAUCCUCCGAUGAGCUGAAAGAGUCAAGGAACAUUCUUCAAGCCGUUGUGGGUCGACGCCUCUACGCAUGUAUCGGCCAGGCUCAGCUGAAGCCAAGCGUGAACCACAAAGAGAUGGAAGCGAGCUGUAAAGCCGCUCUGGCUCAAAAGGUCCCUCCGGUUCUGGAUCGUGGGGACUUCUUUGUCGAUGUCAUCAACUUUGACUAUGGGAAGAAGGACAAGAACCCCAUCGACAGCGUGCGCUUCUACAAAAAGGACAAACCGAGCAAAGCCUUCAAGAUCAGCAAGAAUCAGGUGUCUGGCUUUCUCCCGGAGAAGUUCACCGAGCAGCUGGUCAGAGUUUACUGCAAGAAGGAUGACAGCGAGAGUCUGGAGGCGGCAAAGUACAACUUUGUCCAGUGGCGCUGCUCCGACAACCAAUUCCUGCUUCAGGACGAAGACAUAAAAGCCCCCGACGGGACUCCUGAAGACCAACAGGACGACAUGAAGGAAGUAAACCCAGUUGGUUCUAAUGUAGAGUAGGAAGCCAGAAUUCAUCUUUUUAAUCUAUAUGAUAAAUAUCUUUCUACGAGGUGUUGGUGAGCACAGCAAGGAUUAUAAUAUCUUUGCACCAAAAAGAAGGAUGCGGUAUUUAGGGGGCUUUUAAACUCUUUAUUAUAACACUUAGUUUUAUCCUUUUAAUGUUGUUUUAAUUUUUAAUUUUUUGUUUUAUUUCAGAGUGUGUGUAAUAGAUCCUGCUCCCUUUCUUUCUGCUCUAAGAAGCUUCUGUCACAACUUUUAAAACAUAUAUUAUUAUUAUUACAUUAUACUUAUAUAUUUAGAUGACGAUUGUUUGGAGCGACGCUCUGCAAAAUCUACCUUUAACAUUAUCAAGGUCUUAUGUGUUUUCUGACAACAUUUGGGAGGGAUCAGAUUAACAUGUGAGGAGCAGGCUAUAAAAUGAAAAGUAACUUCCUGUUGCCACCAGGUGGCGUGAUGACUGAGGUUAUGAAUGGUCAUAUGGAUGUCUACAGAGUAACGAGGUCAUGACAAAGAAGAAAUAUGGAGCACAUUAGAUAAAGUACGGUCUAGUUAAAACAACUUUCAUUUUCAUGGCAAAUGGUGUUUUUGGCUGAUGCUCUGCGCUCAAAUAGUUCAAUAUUUCUCAAGCUUCAUGCAAUUUUUAAAGGCAAAGGUUUCAGGAUCACAGUGCCCAAAUUGAAAAAGAAUCAGGUUUAAUCUCUGGGAGGAGUUUGGUCUUUCACAACUAAAAAAAAAAGGCUAAAAAUGCAGAUAUUCAGCGAUAACUGCAGCGCCCCCUAGUCUUCAAAUAUGAUUAAACAUUAGGGUAGGUUUGGGGUGGAAUAUGUAAAUAUGCAACUAAUGUGAUGAGAGCAGGCCGAGUCAUUUGGGAUACAUGUGUCUUGCCAGAUUAAGCCACACCUCUCAAGUUCGUUGGUCCAAAUGUUCUAAAAACAAUGAGAUCAACAUGCAACAAACAAGGUACCAGGUGAUAUUGAACCAAUUAAUCCACGGAAUAUUCAGUGAGAAUCGGACACAGCGUUUAGGAGAAAUGGGCAAGAAGUUUGGAGCCGAUGUUUUUGACAAAUAAAAAAUGGCGCAAAAUCUAAUUUGGCGCAUUUAAAUGCCGUGAUUUACUUUUUUGUAGAGCAUGAGAUGAUUUGUAGAGCCAAUCAGGUAUUUGGGGGAAAGAACUGGGCUAUUGCGUCAAAUUUCUAGGGGGCGCUACAGAGACAUUUCUUUAUACCCAAAUAAUAUAUAAUUAUAAUAAUAAUUUCUUGAAAUACAAUAGGUUCCUCUACGACUAGUCGUAGUGAGGACUUCAUUAAUUCGGCAGCCAAACGGUUCUGUGAACAGAUUUUGACGUGUGCGGAUUUAUUUUUCAGAUCUAUGUGACGUUGUUUAUUGUGAGUGGCUCAACUUUAAGAUAUGAGCAUUAUUUCUAAUGUUUUUCACUUAUCUUUUCCAUUUUACCAAAAUGGAAUCUCAUGGACAUUUUCUGACGGCUUAUUUUAUAUUUUUCCGGAAAAAAACAAUAGCAAUAUCUAUGUGUGUAAAGGGAUACUUAAGAGAUGCUGUGUGUAGUGCCUCAAAGAAAUAAAUGGGUU